AUGGAGUCCCCCGCAAUACCGGUCCCGCUGGAUCCGCAGGAACAGCCCAUCUUGGAACGUCUGCUCCGGACUCGUGAUGCUUUACUUCUCCUCAAGCAAGAUAAAUCAUCCUACAUCAAAUCUCGCGAUGUCCUCCCCCUUUAUGAAGAAGUUAUCAGUGAGGUAGAGAAGCUCAAUUCUGUGCGCAAAGAGCAGGACCGCCGCUUGAUCCAUAACCGACUGGACUAUGUACUAGAUGACUGCUUCCAGUUGAUCUCAUUGCUUUUCUUGACAGUCGGUCGCAAUAAUGAAGCGCCUGCAGUGUACACGCUGGCAACCACUGUCCAGCGCUUGCUAGACCAUCUCGAAGAAGCCGGGUUCUACAGCAACAAGGAUCUCGACUCUAUCACCAAGACCUUGGCUGGCAUGCGCGAAACUCUCGAUCGUGGCCGUGAUACUUAUUCGCCUGCUCUCCUCACCCUGCUCGAAAGCCGUCUUGAACAAUGCCAAAUAUCACUUGAGCGAUUACAAAAGGGACUCGCAGUCCUGGAUCCCGAGCUCGUCAAGACCCAUGAGACCUUGGUCUCCAUUUUGCGAUCUACAUCCGCGGUCAAUACCCGUUCGAAGUUUUCUGCCUCGGAAGUGAACCACCUUCGGGAUCAACUGAGAAAGAUAGAGGCUCAUAUGAAAGAUGGUAACUUUGUUGGCAAGGACGGAAGGAUCCUUGCGGGUCAGGAAGAACUCAAGAAAUUGAUGGAACGAUGCUGGCGAUGGACAGAAAUCGUGUUGGAACGCCAAGGAAAGAUUGAUGAGCGCUUCCAAGAUCAAUACGAAAACCUUCUUGACAUCCGAAAUCAACUCGAUCGGAUAUCCGUGACUCAAGCCUGGUCUCUCCGAGAAACAGAUCUAUUUGGGUACCAGCGCAGGCUUGACCGCGUUGAUGAAAGCCGCGUCAACGGUAACUUUGUUGAUGCAGAGGGUCAGCCCGCAGAUCUUCAUGCACAGAGAACUCUCUUGUACCUUAUCCGCCGCAGCUACGCUUACAUUUAUGCCCUUUUGAUUUCUUCCGAGCCGGUGUCGGAGGCUUUGUUACCCGUCUACAACCAGUUGCAAACUCUUCGCCGGUGCUUGAUCGAGGUGAAGGAAUCUGGUGGCGUUUCAAACUCCCGUGAACUUUAUCCGUACAGCAUGAAGCUAAACUCCAUCGACAACAUGCGCGUCGACGGCAAAUUCUACGUCGGUCCUGAUAUUCCGGAGGGCCAAGGAGUGUCAACUCUCUGCUCGCAGAGUGCUACGACCUUGUUUGGGAGCUACGGGCUGCUGUGA